GCAGCGAUCCCAUUGGCCGAAGCGACUGUGGCGUGGAUGUCUUGGCGGAUACUGUCGUCUCUUGGCGUUUCACUGCCAAAACUUCCCUCUUUCUGUUUUUCUCCCCCCCGCCCCUUUAAAAUUCCACCACAUAAUAAUAAUGUCGUUCCCGUCGCCCCUGGGAAAAAAUAAAGCUCCGUUAUACCAGCCCUUCCCAUUGCUGGAGGUAACGAGGGCGACUAAACCAGAAUUAAGCAUAAAUCAGUGCAUAAUACAUACUUACCACACACCACCCCCAACCCCCCCAUGCGCGGACUAAGUUGGCAGCAGCUCGGUGGAGCUGUCCUGCUCCUUCUUCAGGGGCAAGUGGCCCUCUCGGCGCUCAGCGUGCAGGUGAAUAGUAAGGAUUCGUUGGCCAAUGCGGGGAAGCAGAUCGCCGAUCCUAUGAUGGACUUCUAUGCCCAAAAUCAGACGGAAGGCAUUCCCGGCAAGCUCACCGAUACCUGGUACAUUGCUGGUGCCAUGUUCAUGACCUUGAUUCAGUACUGGGCCACCUCGGGCGUCGAUCAAUACAACAAGGUUGUGUCACAUGAUCUUAUGUUCCAGUCGGGUGAGAAUUAUGAUUACUUCUCGGCGAACUAUAGUCAAUGGCUGGGAAAUGAUGACCAAAUGUUCUGGGGUCUGGCCAGUAUCACCGCGUCCGAGACCGGGUUCCCUGAAAUCUCGGGUAAACCUACCUGGACCUCCCUGGCUCGGACCGUUUUCAAUAUGCAGGUCGAGCGGUGGGACGAGACCGCUUGCAAUGGUGGUCUGCGUUGGCAGAUCUGGCCCUACCAGGCGGGUUAUACCAUGAAGAACUCUAUUUCUAAUGGUGGUCUUUUCGAGUUGUCCGCUCGUCUAGCCCGGUUCACCAAGAAUGAAACCUACGCAGAGUGGGCAGAGAAGAUCUGGGAUUGGUCGGCAAGCUCACCUCUCAUCCGCACCGAGACCUGGUACGUGGCCGACUCGACACAAAAUGAGAACAACUGCAAAGACUCUGGCAACAACCAAUGGACGUAUAACUACGGAACCUUCUUGUCCGGUGCCGCCUUCAUGUACAACUAUACCAAUGGUGACGAGAAGUGGUUGAAGCGCGUCAAUGGCUUGUUAGAAAGCACCUUUGGCACGUUCUUCCCGUCCAACUACGGCGGUAACGUGCUGUCGGAGGUGGCCUGUGAGCCCAUCUUGAGCUGCGAUCGGAACCAAUUGGGUUUCAAGGGAUAUACGGCUAUGUGGCUGGCCCAUACCGCCAUUCUCGUUCCCUCUACCGCGGACCGAAUCACUCCCAAGCUGCAAGGCUCCGCAGAAGCAAUCGCAAAGCAGUGCUCGGGUGAGUCCGAGAAUCUCUGUGGUGUAACAUGGGGCAAACCCACUUGGGACGGUGUAAAGGGCCUGGAAGUUCAGAUGGCCGCACUAGCGGGACUUACUUCCAACCUGAUGCUCUUGGAGAGCAAAUCGCCACAGACCAUCGACACAAAUCCCGACGCCGGGGAACAUCAUAUCGAUAAUAACGAGAAUAGCAGCAAAGACCCCACCAAGUCGAAGCCGAUUGAGACAGCGGAUCGGGCCGGAGCCUGGAUCUUGACGGUCAUGAUCGCCGCCGGUGCGAUAGGCGCCGUAGGGUGGUUAAUCAAGACGCAAUAAGGGAUGCGGGUUGGUUUUCAUUUUCAUGUACAGAUCGUCGCGCCCCAACUGGUCAGGUGGGAC